AUGGCCCCCACCACCCCGGCUGGUCGUCUGGGGGCUGUGGGUGGAGAGGAGAUGCAGCAGCAGCAGAAGCAGCAGCAGACCAGGACACAGCUCCCCUGCAGCAGUGAAUACAUGAAAGCAGUGAUAGCAGUGAAUGAUUCCACAGUAGCAGCAAAUCGGAGAAAAUGCCUCUUGCUCAUUUUCUUCUCCCUUCACCAAUGCCCAAAAAGGGAGCCCAGCAGCCCAGCAGCCCAGCAGCCCUGCAGCCUGGCUGGCCCAGACCUCCUAGUGGUGGCAUCCAAGGGGCUGGUGGUUGCGGGCAUACGAGGCGGAUCUAACGUGGACCAUCAAACACUCCUGAGUCUCCCCAGGAAGCCCCAGGGGACCCCAGGUGCAAACACAAGCAGGUUUGAAAGCCUCUUGGAGAGGGAAAAGGUCAGAACCAGUAAGGGCUCCGCAAGAGCCAUCUUGGCGGCGAGUCCAGCUGGUCAGUCAGUAGUGGGAGGAAGCAGAACCAAUGCCUUUGGCUCUGAGGUGGUCACUUCCUGCCCUCUCCUCCCUGCUGUCUGCAGCCUCCUGAUGAAUCAGAAGAAGUUCCUUUAUCACUUCAAAAAUGUACGCUGGGCCAAGGGCCGGCAUGAAACCUACCUGUGUUAUGUGGUGAAGCGGAGGGACAGUGCUACCUCCUUCUCACUGGACUUCGGCCACCUCCGAAACAAGUCGGGCUGCCACGUGGAGCUGCUCUUCCUCCGCUACAUCUCUGACUGGGACCUGGACCCGGGCCGCUGCUACCGGGUCACGUGGUUCACGUCCUGGAGCCCCUGCUACGACUGCGCCCGCCACGUGGCCGAGUUCCUGCGCGGGAACCCUAACCUGAGCCUGCGCAUCUUUGCCGCCCGCCUCUACUUCUGCGAGGAUCGCAUGGCCGAGCCGGAGGGGCUGCGGCGACUCCACCGGGCCGGGGUGCAGAUCGCCAUCAUGACCUUCAAAGAUUACUUCUAUUGUUGGAAUACUUUUGUGGAAAACCGAGAGCGGACAUUCAAGGCCUGGGAGGGGCUGCAUGAGAAUUCAGUCCGCCUGUCCAGAAGGCUCCGGCGCAUCCUUUUGCCGCUGUAUGAAGUGGAUGAUUUAAGAGACGCCUUCCGCACGUUGGGACUCUGA